UGUGUAUUGUUCAUAUUUUUCUUUUAUUAUUUACAUAAGAAUUAUAUAACAAAGUAAACAAUCUGAUGUUGUUGUCGUUGUUGUUAUUCAGAUAGAAAAUUUAUUAUAAAAUAUAAAUAAAAGGGAAUAGUCAACAUCAUUCUAUACGGAUACUACAGGAGACAACUGAAAAGACAAAACGCCAUCAUGUAUUACCGUCAUUAUCUAUUAGCUAUUAUCAAUGCCAUUGUAUUGUCAACAAUGGUACAAUAUGUUGCAGGGGGUUCAAUUUUUGGGGAUGAUGCACCAACACACAAACCAACGACCAUGAAAACGACCACAAAAGCAAGUUCAGCCAACUCCUUGGAAGUGUCUUGGUUGGCUAUUUCAUCAAUCUCUAUGAUAGUUAUUGGACUGAUCAAUGGUCAUUUAAGAAGGUUCAUCUUCUAGAAUAUCACAGAAUUGUUGAAUACAAAAGGCUCAUUUUGUAUGUGACUAGUAUUCUUUGAAAAAAUACAGAAAUACUAUGGUG